GACAGGCUGACAGGCUGCUGCCGGCGACCGUCUUGUACCGUCUGCACGCUCGCUCGCACACGAUUGUUAGACGCGCCGCAUAUUUACACCCGCCCGCAGCAGCUGGUCUGCUAUAGCCCACGCCGGUCCGUCUCAUAUACACAGCGCCUCCAACGCCCACCGCCCCGUCGCCGCUACCAACGCUCUUCGCGCCGCGCCCUCCCUCCCCAUUCGCUGACCCGUUCGAGGCGGAGAGGCACGACAGACUCGUCGCCGUGUCAACCACAGCCCCGCGCCCGAGACGUCGCCGGUGCCAGACAGACAGGCAGUGCACGGGGAGCCCCACGAGCUCUCCCCCAGCUCCACGCGCCGCGCAGAUCUGGCGCAAGUGAGGCAGCCUUGAGGCAUGGCGAUGCUGAUGCCUUCUCCAACGGGCCCGGGCCUCAAUUCUGCCUUCAGCCCCUACACGGACUCGCCCAGCUCUCCGGCCAACUUCAACCAGGUCUUUUCAAAUAGGUCUUCUGGAGCACAUUCCGACCACCUGGUUCCUCCUCCCAGUCCGUAUCCUGCGACUGUCGAUCCUUCACCCGUCGACAGCAAUGGCACCAGUGCCACCGACCACACCGAGAUUGAGGACGAUGCACAGGACGAUUUGAAUGACAUAAGAUCGCCAAACACCGAGGACAUUGUGAGUCCGGCGAGCCAGACCAGCCAGUCCAAGCCUUUCAAGCUCGACACCUCACUUCCUGCGCGCAAGCGGUCAGAUUCAGACGAGGCUCCGCCGUCGGUCAUCCAUGUGCCGACGGACUUCAAGCAAUUCAACCGUGGAAGCGUCUCAGCAGCGUCUUCAAGCGCAAAUACGUCAGAGAACACCGCCGUUGUGUCGCCUGUCACCCCCGAGGCGAACAUGGUGUUCGAAGCUGACGACAAGCAUACCUACACAACCCCAAUUGACACGUCUGUCCCCCGUGGUGUAUGGGACCGCAGUACACCCCAGGCGCAGACGCGCUAUGACUAUGACGACGACCUGAAGAGGCGUAGCGCUCGAAUGAGCAUGGGUCUUGCUGACAUAGCAGAACACGACGAUCACACCCCCCUAGACUCUUCAGCAAGCUCUGUUUUCGACCAGGAUGACGAUGAAUCUUCACUAUCGCAAGACGCGUCCAGCAGUACACAGACCAUGGGACAGGCAUUACACGGCAUAAACGAAACUGAAAAAGAGAUAAUCGCGCUGAAGAGUGCCUUGGAUGAGUGUUGGACUCUCUGCAACUCUCUCGCAAAGCUUAGCCAGAACCAUCGCCGGCGGAUGUUCAGCUACUCUGGCGGUAGUGCCGACGAACAAGAGCAUGCUUGGCGGACGUGUUGGCGAUUGUGCCAGAAACUGUACGAGAGCCGCGACGAGAUCCCCUCGACCCAGGUCAUGCCAACGCUGGAGCUCUGCCGCGACUUCUGUCAGGCAUUGUUUGACGUGCGACAGCGGGGAGACGAUUCAUCGGACUCUGUUUUAAGAGUCAGCUUCGAGCUGAAUAACCACCUCUACAAUGCUCAUGACCGCGCAUUGCCAGAGGCGUUCCGAGAGCGUACACUAGACUUUUAUCUGACGCUGUGUCACCGGCUGAUGAAGCAACGGACGUCGCUACCGGAGGAGACCGACUCGCUACUCCAUGCUUGCUGGUCGUUAGCAGAGACACUUUUCAGUCUCCGUCAGAACAGUCGCGACGGCAAGCCUGCAGACGAGGAGCUUCUAGGAUCUGGCAUACAAGCUUGCUGGGAAUUGUGUGAUCUCUUCCGCGAGGGCUGGACUCAGGUUCGACCUGACCGCGGCACCCCACGCCCAUCUCAGCAUGAGUUCAACCUGGGCUCCAGUGCAGGCUCUGUGACACGCUCACAACGUUCUUACUCUGAAAGGUCUGGACGCUCGACUUCAAGCGUCAACGAUUCAUAUCAUUCCGCUAUUUCUUCUCGACGACAGACUCCAUCAGUGCCGGAUACGCCCACGACUAUAUUUGACGAUCGCGAAGAGUUCUCGCCUGCCGAAGAGAACAAUGUGCCAAAUAUCCUGGUUCUAGGGCCCGAAGCUGGCCUGACACGAACGCAUGAUCGCUGGUCUUCAGCAUCUUCAAAUCUGUCUACAUACUCCGAUGCUUCCAUACACAGCUCAUCGACAGCGACUGCGGGGCGCACAGACCCCAACCUUGUCCGACUGAAAGGACUGAUCCUCAAGGCCGCGAUCAAUGCCGGCUACAGCCGCCAGAUUCCACUGCCCGACUUCAUUCGUGCUCUGCCCUCAAAUAGCUUUGGAACACUAUCAUGGCAGAGCCAGCUUUUUGAGAGCUACCGAAAGCUUGUCCUCUCAGACCCUACACUACGAACUGCGCACACGGAGCCACCCCGGAGACUCACCGCCGUGGAAAUCGGCCGGUCGGUUCAAUGGAUGGCACGCAGCGAGCAGUUCAAGUGGCUGCGUGAUCUGUAUCGGUUCGUUUUCGGCAACAACCCUGAAGACAGCAGCCAACGUAACCUCAUCAUCAACGCAUAA